AGACACACACACGCACACAGACGGUGGUGGCUGUGGCUGUGACUGACAGAAAUAAAGUCAAUAGCGUGACCAGAAAAGGUAUUGGCAACGAGUGGUGCGGAUUCCAGAGAGAUGGAGGAAAUUGAUCGAAGGCUGGAAGCGAAAUUAAAGAUUCAACAGAAGGAAAAAAAAUCGAAACUGGGGCCCAAGGUUCCUAUCGUCAUUCAGGACGACUCGCACCCGACGCCCUGCGCUCCACAGAUCCGCAUUUUAAAGAGACCCACGAGCAACGGUGUGAUCAGUACGCCGCACUCUGCCAACCGGCCGCCACCACAUGUCAAAUCUCUGGCCCAGAGAGAAGCGGAAUACGCUGAGGCGAGGAAACGGAUCCUGGGGAGUGCGAGUCCCGAAGAAGAAGAAGAUAAAAGCACCGCAGAGAGGCCAGCCAGGAUCACACAGUUGGAGGAGAGCAAGCAGCAGAGCGGGAUCAUCCGGCAACCCCUGGGCCCCGAUGGUACACAAGGCUUCAAGCAGCGCAGAUAAACGGGCAGUGAGCGCGCUUUGUAGAACAGAACUCUCCGUGACCGAGCGCGCAGUGUUGGACAGAGAUAACGGACUCGAGCAGAGGAACUGAGCUGCUUCUCUUGCACUGUGAUCCCCUUUGCUCCGCUCACUGUGACCCUUGCUGCGCACUGUGACCCCCCCUGCUCCGCCCACUGUGAUUGGCCCACUGCUGUGAGCUCUCCGAGGAAACCGUGAAGGGGGAAGGUUUCCUGCUAUCAGACUGGCCAAGAAUCUAUUGUGUGCCAUUUCUUAAGCAGAAAUUCGCUCCAGCAAUAAUACUGUUCGAGAAUGUUCAGUAGUUUGUCUUUUAAUUUCAGAAGAGAUUAUGACUAUGUAUCAGUGAUGGGUGCUCUUCUCUCCUCAUGCCACACUUCACAGGUUUAUUCGGGUUCUUUCCCAUUCAGUCUAUUCCCGCAGAUCGUAAACUUUAGAAUAAUCCUCUUGUUCUGUGACAUACAGCAAAACCUCCAGAAAUGCGCCCAUCUUACGUUUGGCUUGUCUUUAGCUAUUUAUUAUUUCUAUUUCAAGUAAUUUUUCCCCCACAAAAAAACACCUGACUGGAGUAACAGAGCGGAACAAAAAAGCUCUAGGAGAGAAAUGCGGACAGUAGACGUGGGCUGUGUAGCACCCCAGACUGGGAGAGGCACGUCAGUGGUGCCAGUGGUCUGUUGUGCAGCUGGUUCCUCUAAGGCUACCAUCCUCGUGCUUGUUAGUCAAUGGCAAUCUGGCCCUGCGUGGGCAGAAUUGAGGAAGUGGAACAAUAAAAUUCUGCCGGUGGCCAUGAAUGUGACUUAUCUCACCGGCCUGAAGUGGCUGCAUAGCUGCAGAUGACCAGAAUGUUGUUUUAUCCAAAACUGAUAAAGCAGUGAGAGAGAGAAAAUAUAUAUCGGGCAGAUUAGGGUGGCAUUGAGGUGAUCGUUGCACAUUGCUGUGGCUGUGAGAGAUGCGGCCCCACCACUGCCUUAGGCUCCAAUCCACUAGCCACGCUUUGUGGCGCCCGGUUGGGUUUUGACUUAACAAUGUGCUGGAUGGGUGCUUCCCGCCCAGGUGGAGGGUUAUUCUUUCUACGGAGGAAUUGGCCAAAGCCCUUUCCCACGUUAACACCUCCCUCAGCUGGGUAUAUGCAGAGCAGCAUUGCCGACAGAAGCCGGUAGGGCUUGCAGCUGGGUCCUCGCCCCCUAUUGCAUGGAUGUGCACUCUGAUGGUGGCGAGAAGGGGGGCGGGGGAUAGGGGGAUGUGGAGGGAAGGAAGUGUGAGGCAGGAGAGGAUAGGAAAUAAAUGUAAAUUAAGAAGUAUUUCUGUUAGAUUCUAGGUCGUCUCGAGACGCUGAAAGGGUCGAGACUAGCCAUUCGAAAGCCAGCAUUUUGUUCUUUUAUAAUGUUUCCCCUUCUGCUCACUUGAUGGCCUGCAAGUACUUUUAGAAAUGUGGAUUCUUUAUCCUCGUAAACUGCUGGAGCAAGGCGUCGCCCAUCGCUAGUACAUACUCUAUUUUUCAAGGCGAUGCCUUUGUUUUCUAGAAUUUCAAAAACAAACCUUUUUCGGUCCAUCAUUAAUUAAAGGGCAUGUCUGUAAUUUCCUUUUUGUGUGUGUGUAUGCUGCUCACACACGUAAGCUGAAGCAGUCAUCUGUCUCUCGUGUCUGUGUGUGUGUGCGUGCGUACCCGUGCGCAUGUAUACGUGUCUGUGUACAUGUAUGUUUUUAUGUGUCUGCCUGCGAACAAAGGUAUGAAUUUCCUUUUUUUAAAAAAGAUUGAAGCUCGGUACACUUCGACCAGUGCUUGAGGGGGUGGGGGGAGGUGGUGGAAACAACUAGCCUCUGUGCCCCUAACCAGCUGCUGGCAUAGCCUCGAAACACACAAGCCAUCCGGUUCGUUUUGACUUUGUGCCGUGACAAGUGUUGUGAUUGACGCGAACUGGAUUCAAACGCUAUUAGCAGUGGUUGUGAUGAGGCCCGCGAGAUUGUCCGCAUCGAAGAGUUCUUUAGUAUUUUAACCUUUAACAAGCAAUUUAAGGCGCUCAUCUAGCAGCUGUUGUAAGACUUAAGCUAACGCCAAAUAGAAUUCGCUUACAAAAAAAUUACCGUUUUAUUAUAUAAAAAAAACUUGCAUAACUUCCCACUGAUUUGCUAUUGGGUCAGUUGGCUAUUGAGAUGCUUCCUCCAUGCCUGUCAUGACGGUUGCUUUGCUGACUGAACCUGAUCUCAAAUUGUCUUUGAACUUCCACCAUGAAAAUAAUCGGUUGAGAGUUUCUUUCUUUCAAAAAAAAAAAAUUGUUCUUCAAUACUAAGUGGUUGGCUCGGUGUAUAAAUGCUUUAAUGCACUCCCAGGUACUCAGCCACACAGACUGGAAUGGUCCCAGUUACACAGACCCUCGUCUCUGCUAAGUCAGCCAAGCUGGAGGCUGCUGUGGUUGGCCUCAGUCCUAGGGAAGGAAAAGAGGCUGAAUUGCCUGCUCCCAAUCAAUGUGUAAUGACCACUGCGAGAGGUGGCAUUGGGGUGAGGGCAGGAUUGCAUUCAGCUGGAAUCUCUUCCCCAGCGUCUCCUGUUCAGGAUUGUUCAUCAAAAAUGACCACAUGGGAAGGGUUCUUGAGGAUUGAUGGCCUCAGCUUUUUGAGUGAAAGUCUUCACAAGUAGAGGAAGGAGUUAAGGGGAAAACAUUUUGGGAGAAACCAGUUAUACUGUAUAAAAAAAUUGGAGGUGGGGGAAUUUAUGUCUUUACAAAAGAGAAAGGGAAACUGUAUAUUUAUGUACAUAGAGAUCUAGUUCAUUUAAUUGAACCAGUAAUGCAGUUUUAUAAUUACCUGUCAGAUUGCAACCAGGUGGCUAGUUUUUUUUCCCCCAAGCGCAUCUCUAUUGCUGGUAUUAACUUCAAAACCCUUCUGUCUAACAGUAAGCCAAAAGAAGUGAUGAUUUUACAAGUUAGAUCACAGCAGAACAUUAGCCCUGGCAUGUUAUGCAUUGUAUGAAGUUCAAGUGUUUGUGUGUGUUUGCGCGAGGACCAUGGAGUCUCUUGGACCUGAGGAUUUUUGAUGGGAGAAAUGUUUCAAAAACUUUGGAAUGCUAUAGAUUCAAUGAAAUCGAGUAGAAAAUGUCUAAAGGAGUCUUUGUGAGCAAGAAUGCAGAGAUUGCAUUGAGACUGGAGAUGUUGACCACUGUACCCAUUUAUCUGCAUUUUAACACUGGCAAAACCUAGAUAGCAACUGCAGACACAGAAUAUGGGCCAUUGAAUACACUAGAAUAUCAUGUAAUGUGCACUGCAAGCGCAAUUGUACUGUAGGUGCAGUUCUGGACUAGUUAUAUCUCUCGGUUGCUAGGUUUUGUGGCUUGGAUAUAAUUGCCUGUUUCUUUGGAAGAAGGAAAUUGUAAUGAUCUUGUCUUCUAGUGCUCCGUGUGUGUGUGUAGUUACUGGGUAACAGUAGUUAGCUCAAUUUUGGGAAGGUUUGGCAAACGGUGGCAAUCAGCUAAUAGCCCCCUAAGUUAAUGUUGAAAAAGCUGUGGAGUUUCAGACUGGAUCCAGAUCGGAAUUAGAGGAAACGGUCCAUUUAUUGGCUACGUAACGGGGAGUGUGAUUGAAUUUCUCUGUGAUCCAUUGCAAACUUUGUGAAAGUAAAAUCAUAAAAGAGACCGAAUGCCUUUCUGGUCAUCAUUAUGCUGCACCUGAAUGAAUGUGUGAACAAAACCAUUGAACUGUACACCAGAAGCUGCACUUGCAGAUCAUUGACCAUCUUGAGCUUCAGAGGACAUUUAUAAACAACCUCGCGCUUUCAGUAAAACUUCAGAAGAACCCUAGAUUAGACUGCAGGCUGGUAACUCCCAAACAUGUUUAUUUUAUUCUCUGUCAACUCGCUUUAACGUGUUACAGGAGUAUCCUGCUGGACAAGUGAAGGAGUGGGUGCCUUAUCCAUGUUAGCUGAGAAAGGCCUUAGUUUCUAAGACUGAAUUUGUAUGUAAUUCAACAUUAAUUUCAAUCUCUCACCCCCCCAAUCUCAUCAAUAUUAGGCCACUGUAAUUAGUAAUAGUUAGAGGAGUCAGGGACAGUCCAGCCCAAACCCUUCUCAACACAUCAACUACUCUGGUUGAUGAGCACACUUAUGCUUUUCUGCUACACUUUCAUGGGACCUUUUUGUGGAACCUGGAAUUUGGCCUCUGAGUUCUGGAGCCCAACAUGACCUGCCUGGGCUGCCGAUUCUGAAUGUAAGAUCUGAAGUAGCAGCUGGUAAGAUUACCAUUUCCCUUUUCAGUGCACAAUACUUACCAGCCAAAUGCUAGCUGUUAUAUUGGGUUUGCAGCUUAUUAAACCAGUCUUGAUUCUGCAAUUUGCACAAUGUUAAAAUAUCCUAUUGAAUAUGGAAUUAUGGUUUAUGCAGUUCACCAACAAAUGUUUUGAAUGUUUCCUUUUACACUGCAGAUGGCUGUUGUACUCUGCUCUGUAGGAAACAGCAUCAACACUAAAACACAGGACUCUUGCACUGCAAGGUGUUAGGGGGUUGGGGUCUCAGUCUGAUUGUGCUUCUUCUGUGUGUAUGUGGGGGAGAGGGUGGUGGGGGCUGUUGCCACUCUUUAUCUGCAGGAAACUUGCCAGCAAGUCCCACACCACUCACAGAACCUCCUGUUGAAUCAACUUCAGUUACACAAAGUCACCAUAAUAGAAAUGGCUGGACUGUACCAUCCUGACCAAUUACAGUAGGAAAGAGCAGAGAAAUAAAUGAAAGUGGGGUGGGGGGAUAAUAGAAGGUUCACAACUGGUUUGCUACAAAUGGUGGGGACACUACUUUUCCCACAACUUGGGUUUCAUUCAGUCUCUAAUGUACAAAUGCCUCCUGUGUUCAGGUUUAUGCUGCUAUCUUAGUGCAAUCAUAAUGUCUGUUAGUUUCUGUGAAUAAACACGUGAAACCAUCUGCUUUCGGUUUGAUCAUCUGUCCCUUUAAAUACUGGGUUCCCUAACGCAAGAAAGUGCGGCAACUUUUUUUUUUUACAAAUUCAAAAUUGGCACACAGGUCCCUCUCAAAUCCUCGAAUCACAUGCGUAUUUCCAGCACAGAGGAGGCCAUUUAGCCCAUCGUGUCUGUUAGCUGUUAUUUCUUCUUUUAAAUCUCACUUUCCGCAUCUUUCCCCUUAUUCCUUCAUGUUUUUACAUAUGAAUGAAAACGAGGAUAUGUGUUAACUGCUCUGUUACUGAUUUGAUAGAUAUGUUAAGGAAUUUUCCUUUUUUUUUGCUUUAAAUGGGUUUCUUCACUUUACCAGUACAAAUCCAUUUCUUCCCUCUCACUUACUGAACGUGUUUAUUAAAAUGCAUUUUCAGCCUUCCAUGUUUUGAGAGCCCUAAUUGUUUUUUUGGGAAGCACAGGGUUCUGACAUCAAACCUCACUGGGUUCCCUCAGUCACCUGCCCUUUCAAGUUGAAAAAACAAGCACCAAGUAAAUAGCUGGAGCCACAAAUCCCAGUCGAUGCUAUAGCUUGCACCCAUCCACCCAGAAUCCUGUUAGCACACAAAUCUGUGAACCCUAGAGAGCUUUGAGGAUCCAAUGACUUACUGGAUGCAGAUGUGUGCUUUUCACUACUGAUCUCCUCAGGGAGCAGAGACAGUAGUUGAUAUGGACACAGACUGGCAUAGAGCCUGCACAUUGCAUUUGGAGAGAAAGCAAAAUUGCACAGUGGAGAGAUUAGAGUGGUUUUGAGCUCUAAACUGAAAUGCCUUACGCUUAUUGUUGCCAUUUGUCAUGUGAGUUUGUGGGGGGAGAGUCGAGGAGAAAAUCUUUCUCUAGAAACUUGUUUUGGGUAAAGUAGUUUGUUUAGGUGCAAAGCUUGUUUGUAUGUGGUUUUCUGUUCAUUGCCCCCAUUUUCCCCCUUCCUUCACCUCCAAGGAAAAAAUUCCUCUUCAUAAAGACUGCUUUUGAAAUGCAGGUUUCAUCACUAGAAGUUGUAUGCCUUGUCCUUUCUUCCUCACCCCCUGGAAGUGAUAAGAUUGUCUUGUUCUAUUUGGUUGGUGAUGUAAACAGAUGCAAGUUACCAAUCACGUUAGCUCAAUAUAAGCAAACCUAAAUUCUCGAUCGUGUUUAGCGGGUAGUAACGGAAAUCUCGUUCAUCACUGUAUUCUGUGUUCAUAUGUUGGUCAUGUUUCCAUAACCUGUAACUUGUAGGGUUCAGUGUUCCAUCUGCCAUUUCUGAUUAAAAAUUUCUAAUCCUUUUAUAUUCACGAGAAAGCUGAGAAAUGUUUUUAAGUGUCUUGAUAGCUUGUGUAACCUCUUUCAACAAAAGGAUGCUACUGCUUUUCUUUGUUUUCUUUUAAAACUAAUCCUGAAGCAGUGUUCAAAACUCUUUUGAAACCACAUCUUGUUCCAGCGCUCAGAAAAGGGAACCCCAAGGCUCUCCAAGGCUGAGCAUGAUCUGUACUUCUGUUUAUAAUUGACUGGCAGAGUUAACUAUAUUUUGAGUAAAAUUUUAUAAGUUUGGCGUCGA